AUGUCCUUACAAACGUAUGAGUAUAUUGAAAAUGAUUAGACUUUCAGGUUUUUAGCAUUUAAUUAAUCUGAAACUUUAAUAUUGGAAGAUUUUUUUAGGGGUUAUCUAAAAUUAUAGGAUAUUAUAAGUUUAAAGUAAAUCAAGAUUUCUAUUAAGAUUUCCUAUGAGUUAAUAUUUAAGAAUAGCAAAGAUUAAAUAAAUAUCAAAGUUAGACCAUCAAUUAAACAUACAAUUUUAUUAUGAAGGAAAUAAUGGAUAUAAGUAUCCAGUUAUUUAUGGCUAAGAGUAAUUUUAAAAAGCUUUACCCUUAACAAGAAUUUACCCAAAUAAAAAAUAUUUAGAUGUAAAUGGAAUUAAAUCAGUUUUUCAAUCAUUGGUUGAAAUAUUUCAUUGGAGUGCAAACUUUGGGUAAAAAAAAUAAAUAUUUAAUGAGUCUAUUUUUAGAUCCUUCUUAUGAUAAUCUCCUUUAUAAAAAGAUGGAAGGUGAUUUUUACUUAUUUAUUCCAAGUUUUUACAUAUAGCCAAAUAAAUAGCUCAGUAAAAGAAGCUAAAUAUCAGAUUAUUUGAUGAGUUCAGAAAUAGUAUUUUUCAAAAUUUAGUAAAUAAUAAAUUUAUUAGCAUUAUAGACUUUUAUCUUUUUAUUACGAUUAUUGACAGAGUUCAUAGAUGUAGUUAAGUAUAUUGAUGAAGAAAUCAAAUUGUAUAAAAAAAUCAAAGAUAAAUAUAAAUUUUUUGAAGAAAUAGAUUAAAUUGAUCCUUAUUAAAUUUAAGAAACUUGUUUAGGAGUUGAUUUUAUUUACUCUGAAAAUUAGGUGAAAAAGAAAAUGAUUAGAUAUGGUUUGAAAUAAUCCUAAUUUUUAUAUUAAUUGAACAGCAACCAAAUUUUACUAGCUACUCUAUACACAUAUUUAGAAGAAGAAUAAAAUAUUUUGGAUUAAAAUAUCAAUGAAGAGACCUUAACUAAUAAUACAUAGAAAUUUUUUACAUAUUUAUAAAAUAAACAAAUUUAAGGUAUUAGUUAUGAUAUUUAUACACAAUUUCAAAAAAAAUUGAUUUAAUUAAAAGAUGAUAAUAAAAUCACAACUAGAAGAAAUUGGAAAUAAUUAUAUACAAAACAUGAGUUAGAAUUAAUAAAAUCAAAUAUAUAAACAGAUAUAAACGAUCCAUAAAAUUUAUAAAACAUAUCUGAAAUUUUUGAUAUUAAAUGGAGUUCUUCAAUUAAUCCUCAAAAUCUGAUAUAUGUGGCAAUUUCUCAAUCAGGAGUAUAAGUUGAUAAUGAUAUUAAAAAAUUUACAAUUACUUAUCGCAUUGAAAUGAUAGAUGAUAAGAAUUGCUAUUAAGUAAAAACAUAAGUUCCAGAAAUACUUUAUGCAAUUGAUACAGCUGAUGAAAUAGCAUUUUUAGUAAAUUCAUUUCAAAAAGAAUAAAUGCCUACAAGUCUAUUUAUUGAUGAUUCAAGAAAAUUGACAAUUUCCACAGCACUCCUUUUUGUAAAUAUUUUGAAAUAAAUUUUAAGAGUCAUGCUAGACCUAUUCUAUGGGAAAUAUUAAAAAUUAUGGAUAUUCAUUAGAUUUACUUUUAUUCAUGUCUAGAAUUUUACAUUAAGAAUAUAAAUCAAGGGAAAUAGUAAAGGGAAGUAAAAUAUAGUAGUUUUUUAACAGAGUUGAGAAAUCUUCUAAAAGAUUAUGAAUAAGAUUCAAAUCAAAUUUAUAUUAACAUUAAAAAUCGAUAAUAAGGAGAGAUAGGAUUUUGA